GCUGUCAGUCUGUCACAAUUUUGAUAGAAUUUCAGUUUCGAUUGGUCGCAGUUUGCAGUUCACGGAAUGGUACUACAAAUUUCAACCUUUUGUGAUAAAUCAGAACAAUCGCAGUAAUAUAAUUCAAAUCAUAGUGUUAUCCAAAUUCAAAGUCAUCACGACAAAUCAAAUAUAUCUUUAAACUAGAAUACUUCUAUUUGUUCAGAUCUGACGUAUCGGAUUGACAAUUGAAAAUAAAACAUCGACAGUCGAUUUGUAAUGGAAUCGUACUUCAACUUCUAUGCAAGUGGAAAGGAUUCUGUCGUCGAGGGAUACAAAUGAUCGAGGUAGCUGCCUAGAUCACUUUGUGCUAAAAAAAAUUAAAAAGAGCUUCUCCGACGAUUAACGGGUCUUUUACACGGUGUAUGACGGUGUCAUGAGCACAAGCAAGAGGCGCGGAGUUAACGGUGCUAGUUGUUUCGUACCUGGAGUGCCCGCCCUGGUGAAUAUACCGACGGCCAUGUCUGCCGACCUCGCUUCGCUGUUUGAGUGUCCCGUCUGUUUCGACUAUGUCCUCCCACCGAUCUUACAAUGUCAGAGCGGGCACCUUGUGUGCUCCAGCUGCCGUCCCAAGUUGUCGUGCUGCCCGACGUGCCGCGGGCCGCUCGGCAACAUACGUAACCUGGCAAUGGAGAAGGUCGCCAGUAAUGUCAUGUUCCCAUGUAAACACUCCAACACGGGUUGUACAGUUACACUUGUGCACACUGAGAAAGCAGAACACGAGGAGGCGUGCGAAUUUCGACCUUACUCUUGCCCUUGUCCCGGUGCCUCAUGCAAGUGGCAGGGCGGCCUGGACCAAGUGAUGCAGCACCUGAUGACUUCACACAAAAGCAUCACUACACUUCAAGGUGAAGACAUUGUGUUUCUAGCUACAGACAUAAACCUACCCGGGGCGGUGGACUGGGUCAUGAUGCAGUCAUGUUUCAAUCAUCAUUUCAUGUUGGUGCUUGAGAAGCAAGAGAAAUUUGAUGGACACCAGCAAUUCUUUGCAAUUGUUCAACUAAUAGGUUCCCGCAAAGAAGCAGAAAAUUUUGCAUACAGACUGGAGUUAAACGGUCACCGCCGGCGCCUCACAUGGGAGGCGAUGCCACGCUCCAUCCACGAGGGUGUCUCCUCCGCCAUCAUGAACUCGGAUUGCCUUGUGUUUGAUACUUCUUUAGCCCAGUUGUUUGCCGACAACGGAAACCUCGGGAUAAAUGUGACUAUAUCGAUUGCCUAAUCCGAACUUCCGUGUACAUGUAAUGGUACAUAUGGACUAAAUUAAAAGGGCAUUUAAAUAAUGAUCCUCAAGAAUAGUGUAUUUUUAGUGAAAGUGAUCGUCUUAAUCUAAAAUAAAAUGUAUAAAUAUCUAUUUUAACAAAAUAUGCAAACAAUUUUAGUGUCAUCAGCAACUUUGACAUGUAAUCAACAUCAAAGUGAGCCAAAAAUGUUUUUUUAUUUCUAUAAAUGUGUGUUCAUUGUAAAAUUAAAGAGAUCUUGGGUGACGGGCUUGGCAACUUGUGGAUGUCACAGAUCCUGUCAAGAACUUGUGAUUGUAUUAUUCCAAACAGAACAAAAUUGUAUUUAAAUUUAAUGUAAAUAUACUUAAAUAAUAUAAUAGUUAUUCCCAUGGGUGAUGCUCAGUGAGCUGGUAUUUACAGAGUUAUUACCUGACGCAUUGGUAACUCGGCUAAAUUUGAUGAGCUGCAGAUCGGCUCAGUUUGUGCAGGUGAAACACUACUAACGAACCGAUUCACAGAUCAGAGGUAUAAUUUGCAUGAGUUGUGACUCACCGGGCAGCUUUGAAAUGGUUAUUUAUUGAGCAGCAGCUCAAUCAUUCAUAACAAUGUGAGCUGAUUUACAUCAAUCUAUUAGCUGAGGUGGUGAGCCCCACCAAGAGACUAGAAAGUGAUAAAUAAUGAUGCAUGUAAUGUACAUAGGCAUUUCCAAGGGGGAAGCCAACCUUGUUGUAGUCAUAUAAUAUAAAAAAAUAUGAAAACCAAUUUAAAUAAGACCAUAUUAAUUAUAAUUGCCUCCAUAGACCUAGCUUAGGUUAUCGGCAGGUGACACCAGCCUAUUCUAUAAGGAAGACUUGUACAACAGUUGUUUAGAAUGGGCUUUCAGCAGUGUUAACCUACUGUUAGAAUAUUAAGUCUCAUACCAUUUAUGACUGUGUUAGUGAUACCAAUUGCUUAUAUUAAGGAUCUUUGCACAAAAAUAUAUGAAAUGUAUAUAUAAAAACCAAAAUUUAAAUUGUGAAUGUGUGAUUUAGUAUAUUGCAUGUGUAUUGGUUAGGAUUUUAGUAUAUACCAGGCUAUUUACCUACACAUAAGAGGUUAUCUGUUUAUGAUGCAAUUAUCUGACUAAUAUGUAGACUAAAAUGUCAUGAAAUAAUGUAUCAAGCAAAGCUGCCAGUAUUUACUAAACUAAAAGGCUGUUAGAUAAAUGUAACAAAUAUUGUAUACAUAAAAACAAUAAUAGAUAUCAAAGAUAUCAGCAUAUUUCAAUAGAAUAAUAUAUUUUAUAUACAUUUUAUAAACCAUGUUCUAGUAGGAAUUAUUUCUGAACAUUGUCUGCAUAUUAGUCUAGUUUUAUUUGAAUUAAUAUGUAAGUAAUUCAUUAAAUAGUGCUUGUUAUAUUAUAAGUACAUUGGUACAUUAUGCAGCAUUUUUCAUGUAUCAUUCUUUUAAAUUACUAAGACCUAGCUUAUAUAGCCUAGGUGAUAAAAUUUAGAAUAAUAAUGUCUUAAAAUUUCAUCUUUUAAAUUAUAGUGACAAACUAAUUUAUUAUGAUAAAUGUGUGUUUGACAAUUAAGGGACAUCCAAAAACAUUUUAGGUCAGCAGUUUAAUAUUUAAAAGCUUAAGCUGCUUGUAAUUUUAGUCAAUAUUAAAAAUAAAACAAAAACAUGCCAUAACACAGUGACUUGCUAAACAGCACUUUUACAAUAUUAGGCUGAUAGAAAUUAAAGAAAAACUAUUUUAAUGUAGAAUUCCAUGUUGAAAUAUUAGACACAAAACAUAUGUGGAAUUCUUCUAUAUAAUGCCUCAUAUGAUAGACAAGCAUUCAGAACCAGCGCUGGCAUGUUGUAGAUGGUAACUUAUAGGCCAAAACUAUACAUGCCAGUCGCAACUGUCCUAUACUUCAGGGCAGUAAAUUAGGAAUUAUUUGCGUGCAGCUUUGCCGAUAGCCUCACGGUAUAUAAGCAGAAGUCAAAGUUAAAGUCAUCGGCAAACCUGAGCGCAGCUGAUCGAAUAAAUUUGUUUUUAAUAUGCUAGUGAUUGUGUGAAGAUCUUAUGUAUAUUGCUUUUAUUUAUGUUACUUAAUUUGUAGACCAUAUUCUCCUAGUUUUUAACAACUCCGCACCUGUGGUGAAUGGAGUUUAUUGAAAUUUUGUAUAUUAUGAUAAUCCUGUUCGACAUACAGUUAUAAUAAUUUUUUUUAAUGUA